UACUUAAGCCCGAGAGUUUAACUACCAAAGUACGGGUGGUGUAUGAUGCGUCUGCAGUUACUUCCAAUGGAAAAUCUUUAAACGAUUGUCUAUUUCCUGGACCCAAACUUCAGCAAGACUUAUCGGGGAUUUUAGUACGAUUCCGAUUACAUUCCAUAGUUUUCACUGCAGAUAUAAGGCAAAUGUUUCGCCAAAUCGCUAUCACUGGCGAACACCAUGCAUAUCAGCGACUUCUAUAUCGUUUUCAGCCUACAGAUCCAGUGCAAGUGUUUGAAAUGACAACCGUAACGUUUGGACAGCGUUCCUCGCCCUUUUUGGCCAUUCGAACCCUCCACCAAUUGGCUGCGGAUGAAGCCGCAACCCAUCCAGAAGUUCAAAAAGUAAUACAUACCGAUCUUUACGUGGAUGAUGUAGCAACUGGAACGAAAUGUGAAGAAUCGGCUCUUCAACUGCAGCAAGAUUUAAUUAACGUGUUMAAGCGAGGAGGCUUUGAUCUACGAAAAUGGUCUAGCAAUUCCAUUGCUCUGCUUGAAUCUGUACCACCCGAACACCGACAAACCGAGGCAGUGACCUUUGAUGAGCCAACAUCAGACUAUACAAAAGUACUUGGGUUAAAGUGGGAACCCAAAAAUGACACGAUAGCUUACCAGUAUCAACCUAACCCGGUGAGGUAUAGUAAACGAGCGAUUUUGUCCGAGAUUGCUCGCAUCUAURACCCGAUAGGUCUUUUGACGCCGGUAAUAACCAACCUAAAACGGUUAAUGAAGUAUUUAUGGGCACUAAGAAUUGGUUGGGAUGAGGAUCUGCCAGUAGUGGCCAAGGAUGCUUGGACAAGAUAUCACGAUGAGUUGCCUUUUAUUGCUUCAGUAUGUGUAGCCCGGCGGAUUACCGUCGAGGAUGCUAACUACGAACUCCAUGGAUUUUGCGAUAGUUCGGAGAGUGCCUACGCCGCCGCUGCUUACCUUCUAGCACGCACAUCUAACGGUCAGAUCCAAGUUCACUUAUUAAUGGGAAAAUCUAAAGUGUCUCCGGAGAAGAAACUGUCGAUUCCUCGACUUGAACUUUGUGGGGCACUACUAUUAGCACGUACGAUCGAUUAUCUCCGUUCUAACCUGAAGUCAUUACCGAUUAACCAGUACUAUGCUUGGACCGACUCUAUGGUGACUCUUGCCUGGAUCAAUACACCAUCAGCUAAUCUUAAAACUUUUGUUGGUAAUCGGGUUGCGAAAAUCCAAGGACUUACUUCACAAAAGAUAUGGAGGUACGUUCCAUCGGCACAGAACCCCGUAGAUUGCGCAUCACGUGGUCUUACACCCAGCGAAAUUGUUGACCAUCCUCUGUGGUGGAAUGGUCCGACAUUUCUUCGACAACCAUUGGACACUUGGCCACAACAGGCAAAUAUGUCAGAUACAGAUCGUGUCGAAAAUCAUUCUGAAGAAAAGUUGAUUACCUUACUAGCAACUGCUACACCUACACAAUUAGACGAAAAUUGUGUGAUUCUUUACGCGUCAUCCGAACUUUCUAAGGUUCUCCGUUUGGCAGCUUAUUGGUUGCGACUACGUCAACGAUUGGGUAGGCCGCCCAGGGUGCAAUACCAAACCAAUCGCCCAAGCGCGCAAGAAACGAGAGAUGCGUUACAGGCGUUAAUACGAUGGGUCCAGCAUAUACACUUCGCUGAAGACUGGAACUGUCUUAGGCAAAACCGACCGUGUACACCCAAACUUCKCAUGCUUGGUGCAUACUYGGAUCUYGACAAUGAUCUCAUCCGCGUUGGAGGACGUUUGAAGAACUCUGACUUGCCUUAUGAUGCAAAACACCCGAUACUACUCCCAAAACAAUCGCAAUUAACCAUUUUAUUGAUCGACAAUGUACAUAGUCUUCAUUGUCAUCCCGGACCACAAACGACGCAGAAUAUUCUACACCAGGAUUAUUGGAUCUUAUCGGCUCGUAGCGUCAUACGUAAACGACUACACCAGUGCAUCCCUUGUUUUCAGGCGAAGCCAAAACCCAUGAACCCUAUGAUGGGAGCGUUGCCUCGAGCUCGUGUUGCAAGUAUCAAAGCGUUUGCACAGGUAGGAGUUGACUUUGCAGGCCCUUUUUGGGUAAAGGCCGCUUUGUUACGACGAAUUCAAGCCACAAAAGGUUACCUGUGUAUAUUUGUCUGUAUGGCAACUCGAGCAGUUCAUCUCGAACUUGUAAGCGAUCUAACCACGUGCCUGUUUCUAUCAGCCCUUAAUAGAUUCAUUAGUCGACGUGGUCGCUGUGAAGCUAUAUAUAGUGACUGCGGCACUAAUUUUGUGGGUGCGAAAAACUACUUGGAGGUAAUACAGAAAUUGAUUAAGUCCGACGAAGUAGAGAGAGGUCUUGCGACCCACCAGAUAAGAUGGCAUUUGAAUCCACCCGCUGCUCCACAUAUGGGUGGUCUAUGGGAGGCAGCAGUAAGAUCCGCUAAGACCCUCUUACAUCGMACGAUCAAAGAACAAAUUCUGACCUACGAAGAGUUGAACACCAUCUUUCACCRAAUUGAGGCAAUAUUAAACUCACGUCCAUUAGGUUCCAUGUCAUCAGAUCCUAACGACCUACAACCACUAACCGCUGGACAUUUUUUAAC